ACAAAUCUGUCACGGAGUCAUCGGUGACUGUAGCAGCUACAAGAAUGGGUCAUUUAAACUCGGACAUUUUUGUACGUUUUUCACCAGCCGUGUUAUUUAUUUUAUCGUGUUUAUUUGGGCUCUCUGUCGGGACGGAACUGAGCUCUGUUACAUGCGGUUCAGUCAUUAAACUUUUGAACGUAAAGCACAAUGUGAGACUUCACUCUCACGAUGUUCGCUACGGAUCCGGCAGUGGACAGCAGUCCGUCACCGGCGUCUCCGUGGUGGAGGACAGUAACAGCUACUGGAGCGUCCGUGGGACGAGCGGCGCCUCGUGUCGCCGCGGGACCCCGGUCAGGUGUGGGCAGACGAUUCGCCUGACUCACGUCAACACGGGACGCAAYCUGCACAGCCACUACUUCACCUCUCCACUCUCCUCCAACCAGGAGGUGAGUGCGUUCGGCGAGGAAGGAGAAGGGGACCACCUGGACGAGUGGGCGGUUCAGUGCGGGGGGUCCGUGUGGAGGCGAGACGAGGCCGUCCGUUUCCGUCACAAGUCCACCGAGGCGCUGCUGUCGGUGACGGGGGAGCAGUACGGACGGCCGAUCCACGGUCAGACGGAGGUUCACGCCAUGUCGGGCCCAACGCAGCACAGCCUGUGGAAGGUCAUGGAGGGCAUCUUUAUAAAGCCCAGCGAGACCCCCACAGGCGCCAGAGACUCCAGUCACACACACCGAGUUCUGAGCUUCACCUCUCUCUGCCUCGCUCUCCACCUGUUUUCUGCCCUGGCCAACAAUCCACCUUCCUUUUUCUAAAAAAUAAAAACAACUCAUCUGGACUUGGACAUGGAAAUGUAGAUCUUAAAACACAAAAUGUUUUAAAAGAUUCAUGUCAAGUCAAAGAAAAGCUGCUUUCUGCAGACAAACAUUCACCAAGUGAAUCUUGUAUCUAUUUGGACUGAAAGUAUUACACCUGUGCCUUUAAGCACCUGGAAAAUGUGUCAAGCUUUAAGCUUUUUAAAACAUGUUUUUUUUUUUUUUGUAAUUUCUUUAAGUCGUAUUGUUCACAACAGUUAAAACAGUGUUCCUAAAGAUACGCAGCAGUAUUGUUUGUGAUGAGUUUAAGGAACUGUUUAUUGUCAGCGUUUGAUUAAUUAUUGUGUUUGUGCAAUGAUUGUGGAAGCAAAUGUGUUCAGAAGAGCAUCAAACUGACAGUGAAUACCUCAGAUUAAAGUGUUUUUUUUUCUGCAUCAA